GAUUGCUACCGAAAUGACCAAGUUUGUUGCAAAGAAAGCCGUCCUGCUGCUCUCCCUGCUCCUCCUGGGCAGCCUGGAAGCCAAGCCAUUGGAUAAGGAACAGGACCAGGAUCAGCAUGUACGAAAGGAACGCCAACUGAAGGUUACUGGCUCAACGGAUCCUGAUAUGAAGAUGGUGGCCAAUGUGACUCCAGCUACGGCAUCACAAUCCAUGACAAUGGCCAUGGGUGUCCCGAUGAAUCAGAUGGCCCUCAGUUCAGUUGGCGGCCAGUUGGUUAGGUAUCCCAACUAUCCUGGUCUGAUAUAUCCUGGCAUUGCUCCGGCUCCGGGCCUAAAUGGCAUUCCCGGCGUUCAAACCAACAUUGCCAACAACUAUCCUUCGUAUCCCGAUCCCAAUCUGCCUGGAGCAGCUCCUGGUCUCAACCCAUUUGGACAGUUCGGCUAUCCCGGUGUACCACCUAUGUAUGGCAACAAUCUGAUGUAUCCCAAUCCUCAACUGCCCAAUGGAUUUGUGCCCAAUCCUGCUGUGGAUAACUAUCAGAACCUGAACAACAUUGUCAACAUGGCCAAUGCUCAGGGAUUGGGCGGCAGCAACACAGGACUCUAUCCAGCACCUCAGGGAUUCGGUGGUGCAAAUUCGGGACUCUACCCAGCCCCUCAAGGAUUUCCUGGAGUCAACCCGGGGCCAUAUCCAGCCGCUCAAAUCAAUAUGCAGGGAUUGUAUCCAUCACCCGGUGCCUUCCUGAAUCCCAUGGGAAUGCAGGCCUAUGCUCCUGGAUUUUAAAGGGGUUUUUAAACUCUGUACUCUAUAAGAUAAUUUAUUUUAUUUAUUUUCAAAAUACAAGAACAUUUAAACAAAA